UUUAAAAAGCAGGCACCCAUCCCUUUUGGCGUUCUGGGGUUCUGUGGGAGUGGACGCUGGAGAGGACAACCAAGUCACCAAUGUGCAGGAUUAUAGCGACACCUGGCUCUGGUCUGAGUGGCGUCCUUCCUUUGCGGAGUUGCAGAGAUCUGCCGGGGGCGUGGCCACUUUCCGGGGGGCGUGGCCUCAGGGUCGGAGGGCACCCGAAGCGGGUGUCAUGGCGACCUCCAUGCUGGGUUCUGUCCGCGGCCCAAGGCCAUUCGGUUUGGCUAACCUGUUCCAUCGCCAGCCGCCUCGGGAUGCGUGGGAACGUGUGCGGCGCCUGCCGGGGCCCUCGGCGGUCCGGCGCAGCGUGGCGGCGGCCAGCGGGCCAGGCAUCCCCGGUUCCCACCUCUACUGCCUGGAGCUGCUGAGGAAACGAGAUUAUGAAAGCUACUUGUGUUCCUUACUGUUCCCUGCAGAGUGUCAAAGGUCUGCUUCUGCACUGCGGGCCUUCAAUGUGGAACUGGCUCAGGUUAAGGACUCAGUCUCUGAGAAAACAAUUGGACUGAUGCGCAUGCAGUUCUGGAAAAAAGCUGUGGAAGAUAUGUACUGUGACAACCCACCACACCAGCCGGUGGCCAUUGAACUCUGGAAGGAAAAAAAUCUGGAUGACAAAGCGUACCGCAGUAUGCAGGAACUUGAAAAUUAUGCUGAGAAUACGCAGGGUUCCCUGCUCUACCUGACACUGGAGGUGCUGGGCGUGAAGGAUCUUCAUGCAGAUCAUGCUGCAAGCCACAUUGGAAAGGCACAAGGCAUUGUCACGUGCUUGAGAGCAACACCCUAUCACAGUAGCAGGAGACAGGUGUUCCUGCCCAUGGAUGUCUGUGUGCAGCAUGGUGUUUCACAAGAGGACUUUCUACGGAGGAACCAAGAUAAAAAUGUGAGAGAUGUAGUAUAUGACAUUGCCAGCCAGGCCCACUUGCACCUAAAGCAUGCGAGGUCCUUCCACAGAAGCGUCCCUGCGGAAGCGUUUCCUGCUUUUCUUCAGACGGUUUCUCUAGAGGACUACUUAAAGAAAAUCCAGCGAGUAGACUUUGAUAUAUUCCAUCCGUCUUUACAGCAGAAGAACAUGUUACUUCCAUUAUCUUUGUAUAUUCAAUCAUGGAGAAAAAGAUACUAAAAUGAUUUUAUGUUGCUCAUACUGAUUUACUUUUAGUUUAUUGGUUUAAAAAAAAUGUGUGGUCUGAGUUUUUUUUUUUAAAGAAACAUUAAAAGCUAACGUGUGUGUGUGUGUGUGUGUGUGUGUGUGUGUGUCCGCAUGUGCCUUUGUCAAUUUAUGUGCAAGAAUCCACAGAGGCCAGAGGGUGUCAGAUAACCAUGGAACUGGAGUCACUGGUGGUUGUGAGCCACCUGAUGUGGAUACGGGAACUUCUGUAAGAGUUCUUAACCGCUAAGCCAGCUUCCCAGCCUUGGAAACUAACAUUUUACUUAAGGAGAAAGGCACUGUUGCUCGGGUUAAGGUAGCUCACAGAUCAGCUGCAGAACUUCAGUGGGGCUGGCAUGCCAGACGGGGCUGCUGAGCCAUUACUGGGAAGUUGAGAUCCUAGGAAGAGCCGGGUGGGAGGGAAAGGCAGCACCUUCCCGUGUCUCAUCCUUAGGAUUCAAAGGUUUAGGACCACACUGCACCAUGCCGGCAUGAGAUGCUCCGUGGAGCUGCCAGAUGUAUUUUUAGAGCAUGAAAAUGAACUUUAAGUCUAAGUGGUUGUUAAGCUGUAUAACCCUAAUGCUAGCCUUCCUAACCAAAAAAUGUAUCCAUAGUGAUGAAAGGCCUCGGAGUUUAAGAUAAGCAGCGCUCAUCACAGUUGGAGCCUUAUUUAGCUUCUUUCCGGGUCGUCCGGAAGCUUUCCCUUUCUUACUACCCCAGCUGACUGAGCCACAGCCUCGGUUGUUCAGCAUCAGCUCGGCUGUGACUCCAUAUCAGUGGGAAUUAUACUAACAGGAUUGCUCUGAGCAGCCAUCAAGAGGUUGUGCAUUUUGUUUGUUUGUUUGCUUUUUUUGAGGCAGGAUUUACUUUGUCUGACUUGGCUACCCUAGAAAUUGCCAGGUAGACUAGGCUGGCCUUGAACUUCUAGAACCUCUGCUUCAGGGACUAAAGGUGUGUACCACUACACCCAACAGGAAAUGUGCAUAUUUUAAAAGAUUUAUUUCUUAUUAUAUGUAAGUAUACUGUAGCUGUCUUCAGACAUGCCAGAGGAUGGCAUCAGAUCUCAUUAUGGAUGGUUGUGAGCCAUCAUGUGGUUGCUGGGAUUUGAACUCAGAACCUUCGGUGCUCUUAACCGCUGAGCCAUUUCUCCAGCCCUAGAAAUGUGCAUUUUUAAUUUAUUUUAUUUAUUUACUUAUUUUGUUUUUCCCCAGACAGUAUUUCUCUGUGUAGCCUUAGCUGUCUUAGAACUUGCUCGAACUCAAAGAUCCACUUACUUCUGCCUCCAAAGUUCCAGGAGUCAAGUGGCUAAAUUUUAGAUUAUAAAACACUUACUGGUUGCACAGAUUAAAAGUAUUUACAUGGCUGCUCUCUAGCAGAUUAGGAUGAUGAGUGAGACAUUCCUGUGACCAGGUUUGUGGCAAGUCCUUCCAGCUUUUUCCAGGCUCUUAUUUCUCCCAUUUCCGUGGUUCUUGGCAGGUGACUCUAGUCUUUGUUUUAGCUAUGAAUUAGUGUUUACUUUAGUUGUGCAUUAGUAAUAGUUUAAAAUAAUACAGUUUUGCAAAUAAAAUCCAAAAGAGAACGUUGGAAGGGCAAGGCUAUAGGGCUCGAGUCGCCUUAGCCUUCCCAGUGCCUUCUGAUUGACAGCACCUGGGAGUCAUUGCAUGGGUGCGUGAGGGCCCAGUUGCUUGUGUCAGCAAGUAUUUGUUUGAUUCUGGUGCUGCAAGGCUGUCUCCGGGGAGUCUUCCAGCUAAUCCUCAGAGGCAAGUACAUGGAAACGGGACUCACUUCUUGGGAUUCUGAAGCAGCCUGGGUUGAAGAGUUCCCGAGUCUUUGUUAGCAUUGUGGCCAGUGUUUGGAGAUAAAUUUGGCAGCAACUGCUAAAUAUCUUGGCUCCUGCCAAAGGGUCUUAAAGAGAGCAGAGACUCGGCUGAAUCCUUAGUGGCUCAGCAAACACUUGAGCACUUUCUAAGAUGCUUUGAUUUGAUGUUACAGACUUGAUGAGCUGAAGUUUCCUCAAGGCUAAAAUGAGAGCAUCAUUUAGUGUUGUUAAUUUCCUGGCAUGAAGAACUCUCUUAGUCCAAA